AGUUUUAACAAGGGGAGACUUUCCUAUUUUUGUGGCAUUCUAAGCAACAUUUUCGUUGGCUUUCUCACACAUUUUCGUUUACUACUCGAGAAUGCCUUAUUCAAUCGGCUUCAAAUUUUUUAACACUUGUAUAAUAUGUCUUGGGCAAUAUUCAUGCGAGUUUUUACAUGUGUAGGUGACCUAUGAACGCUGUUAUAUAGGUCAUUCCCAAAUUUUGUGUCCCUGUGGCAGGUGGAGACAAGCUUCCCUGAUUAACUUCAAAAUUUUGAAGGUCAUAUUCGUCCUUCUUGAGACCAGCAUGGAUCACAUAUAGUCUGGAAUAUGUUACAUGAAGACUUCAGUGACCUACCAGACUUAGAAAAGUGGAGGUGGAAAUUAAAACCAGUUGAUACUGGCUUUGGCACAGUUAGAAGCUUGGAAAAGGUGAGACUGGGUCAGCUGUCAAGUCUGCGGUACAGAGCACGUCUUCAAACCUGUCUGGCAGCCAGUCAUGUCGUGUCAGAUGUUAGAUUGCAUGAGCUUAAAGAGGUUUCGUCCACUUUCGUGACACAUGCUGACUUGGAGUGUGUUGACUCACGGUAUUUGUUGUGUGGCCUCAGUGAUGGAGGUGUGGCCAUAUAUGACACUUCUCUCAUUAAGGAGGGAAGAAUAUACAGCGAGGUUGCUGCUGUUAAGGGUGGCCAGAGACAAAGUCACCAGUAUCAGGUUGACUGUGUUCAAUGGUAUCCAGCAGAUGCAGGGUUGUUUAUCACCUCGAGUCGUGACAAGAAGGUUAAGAUCUGGGACCCUAAUCACAUGAAGACAGUUGACCAGUACAGGAUUGAGUGCCACAUCCUUCACCACUGUAUGUCACCAGUCGCCACCAAGCAUUCUUUGCUGUCUGUCUCAGGAGAUAGUGGUGAAGUGAUCCUUUGUGAUUUGCGCAGUGGGUCAUCAGUCCACCGUCUUCAGGGUCACGUGGGCCCAGUUCAGAUCACACAGUGGUCGCCACGUAACCAGCACAUUUUGGUGUCGGGUGGCAAGGACCAAACGGUGAGGAUGUGGGAUGUGCGUGCUGGUCGUGCAUGUCUCAUGGCUCUGGAUAUGGAGAAUUCUCUUUGUAAAACUACCAAGUUCAAGAAGAGAAGUAAAAACGUCCCUCAAGCACAUAAAAGCUGCAUAACUUCUCUCUGCUUUACGCAUGACGGUAUGUGGCUUUUGUCGUUCGGCUACGAUGGCCAUCUAAAACUCUGGAAUUCUACUACCGGAGAUAACAUGGAAGUAAAAUACGAAGAGGCGUAUACAGAGCUUAAGAAAACUAUUCAUAUGGCAAUCUCAUAUUGUACAUAUCCUGAUCUAGUCUUUAUACCAUGUCGGGAAGAAAUUCUUGUGUUUGAUCUUUUAUCUGGAAGACUGUUAAAUGUUUUACAGGGUCACUUUUUGUCAGUGUUAGGUGUGGUAUAUAAUCCUGUAUCUAUGGAUUUGUAUAGCUUUGGCAUUGACCAUAAUUUUAUAACAUGGACCCCAAAGAAGUUAUUAAAAAGUUGUCUUUCAAAUGAAGAAAAUAAAGAAACAGUUAAAAUAGCUCGAGUGAAGAAAAAUACCAGACAACGUGUGAAACAUGAAGUAACUCAAGAUGCAUGGAGUAGCGAUGAAGAUUGACUUGCAUAAUGUUUGUCACUAUAUUCAUGUGAUUUCUGAUUUAUAUAUUCUUGAGCAUCAAUGUUCCCUAAGGAUAUUUGUUCACAACUGCCCACAAUUUAGAGAGAAAACUUUAGACAACAUUUUAGUUUGUUGUGGAACAUUAUCAAGUCACAGCACAAGAUGGACCAAAGAAUUGUCAAAUUUCCUCUUCAAAUUGUGGGUUAGUUGUAAAAUGUUCCAACCAAGAUAUUGUUACUUUUUUUUUUUUCUAAUAAUUGAAUGAUAGACAGCUAAUGAGAAUGCCAUAAUCUCUAAAUCCUACUGAAUGUAAAGAAGUUUCUGCUGCAGGAGACUCCUGGGAAAUUCACCUGGCCUGCACCUCAUUCACAGACACAGGCCUCACUGCACCCCAGGCAAAGUUUCUACUUGGGUUUUGUGAUUUCCCUUUCUGACUGCCAGGUGCUUUUUGCUGUUAUUUUAGACAUCAUGUUGGACUCCAUAGAUAUUUUGUUGACAGAUGGAAUGUGUUAGGAGUUUUGGCAAUGUGCAUUUUUUCUAUAUUUUAAUAAUCUUAAAAAAUGUAAACCAUAAUUAUAUUCUUGCAACUAACAUGCCAGGAGCAAGGGGCUAGUAACCCCUUCUCCUGUAUACAUUACUCAAGUUAGAAAGAGAAACUUUUGUUUUCUUUUUGGGCCACUCUACCUCAUUGGGAUACGGCCAUUUAUUGAAAGAAGAAUAAUUAUAUUCUUAGAUUACUAAGCCUGAAGGCUUAUUUCCAUUGGUUUUAUUAGGUCCCAGUGCGGGAUUCAACUGACAACAGUCCGUUAAAUUCACAGGUGUCUUUACUGCUAGGUAAAGGGGAUAGUAGGCAUUAGGAAACUUGGACUGGGCCAUGGGGCGUUGAUCCCUGGAACACCCGCCAGGCGUGACUCGCCUCAUUGUAGUGCUUAACCUCAUGUCCUCAGAUUUGAGCUCAACACACUAAUUAUUGUUCUACAAUGUGGCUCCUUAGGAGUUACCCCCAGUAGUAUCUUUAAUCACUAUGGAUAACCAUUAAAUUUAAUAUAACCAAGUUAAUGAUGUAAAUAGCUAAGUUGUCAGUGUAACUGUCAAUAUGCCAGACACUCCAUUAGCUGUGGGGAUUGCAGUUUACUAUUUAAUAAUGUAUUAGAGUUGCAAUUUAAGUGAUUUUCUAUUUUCAUCGGUCUUGCUGUAUAGCAGCGCUUUUUCAAACUAUACACUAUCAAAAGGGGAAAAAGAAACAGCAUCUUAACAUUGUUCUAGAUUUUAUAAAAAUAAAUAUUAUGUACAUGUUUGGACAAUACACUCAAGGAUUAGAAAAUGUUGACUUCAAAGAUUGUAUAUAACAGAUUAUGUCCUCACUCAAUCCCUGCAUUUUUUGUAUUAGCUAAAGCUGCUCAGAAUCUGCCUGUAAAAUUUGGAUAUUUUUUACAUAUACUGUACAUGAUAUUCUUGCUAAAACUGUAGAGAUGAUAUUCCACUUGAUACUUUACAACUCUUGUGAAGAAUGCAAAGGAAUUUUGUCAUGCAUAUGUAAUAAAUUUUGUAUGAAAAACA